UAGUAACUUAAUUUAUAAGUCGUACAACCGUCGAUUGGAUAGAUAGGUGGUGUAUAUUCUUGUUUCUUUUUCCAUGCUUUUUCCUAAAGGUUCGAUAUUAUUUUUUUGAAAUUAUAUCAUAGUAUUUUUCAUUCACUUUAGCGUUAUACUUACUUUCAUUGGAUUCAUAUUUGGCCAGUAACUGAGCCUAUAAGUAGUAUUGUCCUCGAAUGGGAUGUCUGACUUGAUGUAUCUUCGUACAGGGGCAAAAGAUUCAGGAGAUCAAAUGCCGUAUUUAUAAGGAGCAUUGUUAUAAACUGGGCGAUGUAUCUUUCGAGAUCCAUCACUUCUUCAAGUGGGGAUGAGGUGAGAGUAUAAAAGGAGAAUCCUUUACUUCCUUGAGGUCACAAACGAUCGAAUUCAAUUGCCAUCUUCAUAACGAUUUUAAAAGUGUUCCUAGAAAAAUGAGAGUUAUCGUAUUGAUCACACUGGUAGGACUAGCGAUAGCACAGGAUUCAAAUUAUCGCAGUGGUAACAAUUACCACGAUGAGAGACAAAAUCCUCCUGUCGAUGACAGAAAAGCAUCAUCUAUCACCACACCUAUUCCAAUCCUACAUUGGAACAAACAGCAAGAACACGACGGCACCUAUAAAACAAGUUACGAAACGGGAAACAAUAUCAUCGCUGAGGAGAGCGGUUACAUCAAGAAAGUAGGCGAAGGAGCGGAUCAAGGAGAGGCUCUGGUUCAACAAGGAAGCUUCUCUUACACGAGUCCUGAGGGUACACUGAUCACCAUUCAUUAUACGGCCGAUGAAACUGGCUUUCACGCGACCGGUGAUCACAUUCCCACGCCACCGCCAGUCAGUGAAGAGAUCCAGAAAGGCCUCGACCUCAUCUAUGCUGGCAUUCGUCAGCAAGAGGAAGCGGAUGCACGCGAAGCAGCUCAGAAACUACCACAACCCUUAAGCCAACAAAUUGAUCGACGAGAUAAUUACGAUAAGAAAUUUUAAAUGCGAAGGAAAU